CACUGUAGAAGUGGAUGAAUUUACUGCUGGCCUCUUCCACAUCUACAAGCAGGUGCUCGAAGAAGGUAUUACCCAGGCUAUUACUUUAGGUAUAAACAGAUCUGACUACAUGUUUGACAGAGGAACUGAUCACAGCCCUUCCUUGAAACAAAUCGAAAUUAAUACCAUUGCUGCUAGUUACGCAGGGCUAGCUGAGCGGGUCCCAGAUGUACAUCGGCAUGUCCUGAACUUCUGGGGAAAAUCUGAUGAAGCAGCUAAGAUCUUAACUAACAAUGCAAUAAAAGGAAUUUCUGAAGGAAUUGCAAAAGCCUGUCAAAUGUAUGGGUCAUCAGAGGCAGUGGUUCUCUUCCUGGUUGAAAAAGUCUCAAGGAAUAUCUUUGACCAACGCUGCUUGGAAAUGGAGCUGUGGAAUAAAAAUAUUCGUGUAAUAAGGAGACAGACCCUGGACGUUUACGAGAGAGGGGCUUUGGAUGAUGAGAAAAGACUUUUCGUAGAUGGGUAUGAAGUCGCAGUUGUUUACUUUCGCACCGGAUACAAUCCAGAGGAUUACCACGAUGCAGAGUGCUGGGAUGCACGAUUGUUGAUUGAGCGUUCCAAAGCAAUUAAAUGUCCGGAUAUUGCCACUCAACUUGUGGGAACCAAGAAAGUACAACAGGAGAUUGCACGCAGCGGAGUGGUGGAGAAGUACUUAUCCGAGUGCCCAAAGUCCGCUGAACGAAUCCGUGCUACUUUUGUUGGCCUGUACAGCAUCGAUGAGGGUCCAGAGGGCGAUGAAAUAAUAACGAAAGCAAUGGAAGAUCCCGAAAGCUUUGUGCUGAAACCACAGAGAGAGGGAGGAGGAAACAACAUUUUUGGAGAAGAGCUCAAGCAGCUUCUUGGAAACAUUAAGGAUGGACCAAAGAGAUCAGCCUAUAUCCUGAUGGACAGGAUCAAACCACAGACAGUGAAGAAUUACUUACUGCACCCAGGAUCGGCUUUGAAGCUGUCAGAGUGUGUGGUCGAGUUGGGAGUGUUUGGAGUCUACAUCAGUAAGUGUCGGAAGAUGAUCAUGAAUGAAAGCCCUGGCCAUCUGCUUCGUACAAAGAGCACGGAGUUUGCAGACGGAGGAGUGUCUGCUGGUGUGGCAGUCCUGGAUACGCCCUAUCUUACCUAAACUAAAGAUCCCCUGAAGUGUAUGCCCCAGGGUGUACAGUGUGCAGCAUUAAAAUUGCAGCGUUCAACAGAACUUUUCUUUCACCAUAUUCCCUCGCUUGAGCUAGGUGAAGUUUGGGGGGUGGGGUGGGGGAGCCUUUGGCAGUGUGGGCAGCAGGUAGGAUAUUCAACACCAAAGAUAUAGUGAAGGGUUCAUCAUCUUCCAGUUUUGGACAAAAAAAGACCAAGAGAAUCAAAGACAGUCCAAGCUAGAGGAUAAAGUAUCUGUCUUUGUCUACAGAGUUUUUUGGUGUCAGGAUAGAGUAAAAUAAUUAUUGGGAUAGAGCAUUGAGAAUUGAAAAGUACAUCUCUUCCCCCCAGAUGUGUCAUUGCGCUUUCCACAGUCCACUGAGGAUGUCUUUUCCUCAGAGGGGAGUGGGGCUGGUGUAAAAGCUGAAUUCAAAUUGUGAGUGAGUGAUUCAUAAAUCUCUGUUCCUUCUGAUGUCUCUUGCCUAAUUUCUGAGGGAGAAAUAGAGUGAUGGAGUCCCAGUGCCCUGUCCCCCAGCCGACGUUUGACUUGAUCUUAAACUUUUCUCUUGUUACAUUGAAUCUACUGGUGGCUGUUCACUAGAGAAGAUCCUAUUAUGCAACUAGUUGAUAUUAUUGGGUACACAGCUAAGUCCGGCUGACACAGUUCUGCCUCUAUUAUGUAACUCACUAGCAGACUAAUUUAUUUUUCGGUGAAUCCCUAAUCCUUGUGACUCAUCAAUUCUACAGCCUGGAUAGCUUGGUCUAAAACCAAUCAUUCAAAAUUGGCUUUUUAUACUCAAACAAUUGAAAUUAGUCAAUUUAAUUAAGUGACUCAAGUUGCACCGUGAAGUGUUUAAAGUAAGGGUGGACUUUUAAAAAAGUAUGCUGUUUCUUAGUUGAAACAGAUUGGAAAUUGUACAUCUAGCCAAAUAUGUGCCAGUCUGCUGUGGUCUGGUCAGCUGUGGAAGUUAUGCACCCACUACGGGUGAUAUAUAAAGGCUUGAAAAUGCCCAAGGUGAAGGGAGGAACCAGAGCAGCGAAAAGAAGCAAGUCAGUAAUUUCCAGCUGAGACAGUGAAGUCUAGCUUCUCUGAUUUCUGGUUGUCACAUAAUACAAGUCUGCUUUGUUUCUCUCACUUAAUGUUUUGAGCGCCAGCCUGUUAUCUAAUUUUAUAAAGAUGUAGUAAUUACUUAGAUACCCCAUAAUUGGCUGGAGAGGUGGUCAGCUUCAGUUGUUUAUAUGCAAAUAUACUGCUGACUGCUCUUCUCACCUCUAGGGUCCUGUUCAUCAUCAUCAAAACUCAGACUGCAAAUCAAAAGCAGCAAUAAAUUAUAACCAUGCAUUCUUAAAAUUAA